ACAUGAGGACUGAAGUCAGUUCAGCUGAGACAGAAAGAGGAAGACGAGAAGGAGGAAGAAGAGAGACACACACAGAGAGAGAGACAGCGUGUGAGAGGAUUAACCUGUCGCUCUGCUGAUCUGAAGAUACCAGCUGUCUGUCUGUCUGUCUGUCUCUCUGUCCUCCUGCAGACAUGUCCUCCCGGGCUGACAGUAAGACAGCCUCCCAGUUCGUGUCUCUCACCAUGAGGCUGAAGGAUAAGCUCCACCCACCGAGGAUCAGACGUUCUGAGCGAAUCAAACGCACCCAGUCAGAGAGGCUGAAACCAGCUGACCUGGAGCUGCAACACACACUGCAGCACAAGUCGGGGGGGGUGCUGGAGGACCAGCAGCGGGCCGUCGUCAGCUCUCUGCAGUACUUCAAGGCUCUGGUGGACCGACUGGGAGUGGACCGGCUGGUCCUGGACCAGGACAGACCGGUCCUGGACCGGUCCGUGGUGGGCGGUCUGCUGGGCGGGGCGUCCGGUGGAGUCCUGGAGGCGGUCCAGACUCUGGUCCAGCUGGAGCCACACCUGCACGACAGUCAGACCGUCUCUCGCUGUCUCGCUCGUCUCUACGUGUCUCUGGCUGAGCUCAUUCGCUGGGCCGACCGGGUGAUGCUGCGAGGCGUCGCCCAUGGCGACGAGGAGUCCACGGCUAGCUUCACCACGGUGAUCAGGGCCGUGCUGGACGGGGUCAAGGAACUGGUCCGAUUGGCUGCGGAGAGACAAGACGACUCCGCCCCCUUAUCUCCUGUCCAAUCACAGGCUGCCGUUGGACAGACAGGUGGGUUUGACAACCAGUGGACAUCAGACAGGACUUCUACCUGCCGGAGUCCAGGAGCUCCUGCAGAGGACGAGGAGGACAAGGGGGACAAGGAGGACAAGGAGGAGGAGACAGCUUCAGCUCCUCCAAAGCCCCCGAUGCCUUUUAUAGAGCCCCUCCCCCAGGUGUCCCUCCAACAGGUGUCCCUCCCCCUGGUGUCCCUCCAACGGAUGUCCCUCCCCCCGGGACUCAGUCCUCCAGCCCUGCCGCCUAAAAAGCGUCACUCCUCGCCAGGCCCCGCCCCCUGCAGGGUCGCCAUAGUAGCACCAAUGAGACGAGAGCCUGAAGUGGACAGACAGGUCCAACAGGAGGCGGAGUGUUUGAAGCGUUGCUCUUCAUCGUCUGCAGACUCUGCUGCUGACAACACACACUGUGAGGACGAUCCAGACUACGACUUCCUCCACACUGACCUGUCUUCCUCUGAGACCCUCCCUCCUCUUCCUCAGCCUUCCUCCCCCCCCCCCAUCCUGCCAGAGAAGACACGCUGCAGCGCUGCAGGAACGACCAGCGGGCCUGCACCGCCUUCGUUUGGGUUUGACUCCGCCCCCUACGAACAGAACCCCACCCACUGUGAUGAUGUCAGAGGACCUGAUGAGUCACUGUCCUCCCCUCUGUCCCCCAGCAAGACGCCCCCUCCCCUCCCCGAGAAGAAACGACACAUCCAUCAGUACCUCCAGUUCUGUGCGUCCUACAGCGCUCCGUCAGCGGCCGCGUUCUACCAGCGUCACAACAGCAGGCAGCGAGAGGUGGAGACCUCCUACCAGCUCUCACACACACACCUGGACACACAGACAUUAGACUCCGCCCCCUCACCUGACCUACUUCCUGCUCCAGUUCUACCACCGAAGAAGAAACAACAGGAUCCAGUUGGACUGUAUGAAGAGAACCAGACCAGAGACAGGUCCCAGAGUCUCCAGCAGGAGACGGAGCGUGACCGGAGGAGCAGGGAGCAGCUGAAGGAGCAGAAGGAGGAGGUGUUACUGACUGACCGGCAGGAUAUCCUCCACAGAAUCACAGUGAAACCUCCGGAGGAGGACGGGCCGGACGUGAAAGCAGCCUCUCCUGAGAUCCUGUUGGUCUACGCCACCGAGGCUGACAGCAGGGCAGAACAGGUCCUGUACCGUGAAGCCUUCCUCUCCACCUACAGGAGCUUCAUCUGCCCCAAAGAUGUCAUCAGCAAACUACAGCACAGGUACAGACACCUGAGUGAAGGAGGUGAACCUGAACACCUGACUGCUGCCAAGAACACGGUUCACCUGCUGGUCCGAGUGGUCGACGAGCUGUGUGUGAUGGAGCUGGACUCUGAUUUGCUGCUGCUGCUGAUGGACCUGGUGUUCAGCCUCCUGACUGGUGGAGAGCUGGGCCUGGCCCACCUGCUGCGCUCCAACAUCCUGUCCAAGAUGGAGCAGAAGUGGCAGCUGAUUGGCUCGCCUCAGUCGCUCCGCCCCCUCGCAGCCAGGGGCGUGGCUGCCAGACCGGGGACUCUUCUGGACUUCAGGAGUCAGGAUUUAGCUGAACAGCUGACUCUGUUGGACUCGGAACUCUUCUGCAAGAUCGGGCUUCCAGAGGUGUUGCUGUGGUCUACAGAGCAGAAUGAGGAGAAGAGUCCGAACCUGACAGAGUUCACCCAACACUUCAACAACGUCUCCUUCUGGGUUCGUUCAGUUAUCAUUCUUCAGGACAAACCUCAGGACAGAGAGAAACUGCUGCUGAAGUUCCUGAAAACCAUGAAGCAUCUGCGGAAGCUGAACAACUUUAACUCAUACCUGUCCAUCCUGUCAGCGCUGGACUCCGCCCCCCUGAGACGCCUGGACUGGCAGAGAAACACCGCCGAGUCUCGGGAGGAGUACAGCUCUUUGAUUGACAGCUCAUCAUCAUUCAGCACCUACAGAGGAGCUCUGGCUGAAGUGGAACCUCCCUGUAUACCCUACCUGGGUUUGAUCCUUCAGGAUUUGACCUUCGUCCACCUGGGGAAUCCUGACAUGUUGAUGACAUCACAGGGUUCAAAGGUCAACUUCUCUAAACGCUGGCAGCAGUUCAACAUCCUGGACACUCUGAGGAGCUACCAGCAAGUGCCUUACUGUCUGCAGCGUAAUGAUGACAUCAUAUCCUUCUUCAAUGGCUUCAGCGAUCACCUGGCAGAGGAAGCACUGUGGGAACUCUCUCUCAGGCUCCGCCCACGAAACGCCCCACGAGCCAAUCAGAGAUGACGGACCAAACCAGACCAGACCAAACCAGGACUGAGUUCACCUGAGUUCACCUGGAUCGUCACAAAGCUAACCUGUGCUAGCUUAAUGCUAACAUGUUGUUAUUGAGGAUUGAUGUGGUUAAACCUGAUGCUGAGCUGAACUGAACUGAACUGAACUGAGCUGAGCUGAACUGAACUGAGCUGAGCUGAGCUGGACUGAACUGAACUGGACUGAGCUGGGCUGAGCUGAGCUGAACUGAACUGAGCUGAGCUGAGCUGGACUG